GUGCGACGCGUUUUCCAAUUGUAGUAAGUGAAUUUCGCUUUAGCAAAAGUGAAGUACAUAGAAUUUAAAAGGAAGCAGAAGCUAAAGCGGUGAACAGCGCACAGUGAUAGUAGUGAAUCGUUUUUGCUGAUGCGAAGGCAUUCGAGAAAUCAAUAAGAAAAACAAGUGCAAAGGAAAACAAUAGUGAAAGAAAACGCAAAAAUAAAAAAAAAAACAAACGGCGAAGGGAAGUAAAGGAAAGCGGCCUAGUGCAAUGUGCGCAAAGUGUGCCGCGCGCUGAAUGGGAGCGGAGAGCACAACGUGUGGAGAAGAUAAAUUCUGAUAGAGGCUACUAAAGAAUAGACAUUACUCAACACUGACGGAUGUGUAAAUAAUAAUUAAUAAUAAUCUUAAACAGAAAAUAAAGUAUUAAUAAUAAAAUAUAAUAAAAUAAAGUUACUCAAAAUGAAGCUGGACACGACAACCAAAACGCUAAAAGUGCGCGAAUUCAAUGAACUUCUGAGCUGCCAUUUGUGCAAAGGCUAUUUGAUAAAUCCAACAACGGUGGACAUUUGCUUGCACACAUAUUGUCGCAGUUGUAUUGUCCAACAUUUACUUCGUGAAACAUGUUGUCCACAGUGCAAAAUAGACGGCGGUGGCAAACAAGUUACCGAAACCAAUUUGAAAUCCGAUGAUGUGCUGCGAGCUUUAGUAUUUAAGUUGGUACCUGGUUUGUACCAAAAGGAGCGCGAGCGGGCAACACAAUUCAAAGCCACACUACGGAAUGGGCAACAGAAAGCUGAUGGUGAGGAGGCGGGUUGCACUGUUGGCUGUGAGCAGGACUCAGUUGAAGAGAAUUUCUUUGCGCCAACCGAACCAAUUAGUUUGUCAUUGGAAUAUCAUCCGGCGUUGUUGAAGGGCUGCAGCACUAGUCAAAUUCCACCAGUACGUUACCUGCAAUGUCCAGCUGGUCUAAAGAUACGUCACUUGAAACGUUUUCUCUGCUCAAAAUUCGACAUUGACCCGGAGAGCAAGCGAAUCGAGGUGGAAGUGAUUUAUGAGGAUGAGGUGUUACCGAACGAUUUCACGCUCAUGGAUGUGGGCUAUUGUUAUGACUGGAAGAGGAAUGCGCCCAUGAAAUUUACCUAUCGCAUACUUUUCUAUGGUGAUGAGUUGCCAAAACUCGAAAAUGAAGUCAAUAAAUCCGAAAUAGAAAUUAUACGGAAUGAUCGCGUAGACACCAUAAAAGCGACAGAUCCACAACAAAACAAAGAUGUCACCAUUUGUGAUGAGACGAGCAUCAGAACACUGUCCUCUACUUCCUCACCGCCUUCGCUUAACUUUCGUGCCCAUUCAACAUUGCAAAAAACAGCUAAAAGCAAGAGCAAGUCCUCUAAGUCCAUCAAACCGGCAUUUAACAAAACGUCAAGUAAGGUAGCGACCGAAGAGGUAAAUGCGCCUGUGAAAAUGAUAAUUGCGCGGAAAUCGAGUGCUGAUUGCGGGAAGAAGCCCUCUCCGAAACGCAACGGUAGUGAGGAAGUAACAUACACCGUAACGAAUGAUUUCAAGAGUCUACGGAGUAAUGAUAUGCGAUAUAGCGACUAUGCCGUCUCAUCCACCACAAACAACAGCAACUCACCAAAGAGUUCGCCGAAGAGUGCACAGCGCUCGCCCAAAGCGUUGGAUGUUGGGAUCGUUGCUGAAUCGCCAACCUCUCCGGUGGCCACUGUGGUGCCCAAAUGUAAUAUUGUUGUAAGCAUACCACAGUCGCAGAUGCCGAAGUCGCCGUACUCAGUCGACGAUGAAUUUGAAAAUGUAUCAUUAGCUCAGUUGAAGACAGCUAGCAAGAAGUCACCACCAUCUACUACGACGACCACCGUCGUGCCAGAGCCCCUCAAAAGUGUAUCAACUAGAAAUGUGCCAAAAUUAAAAAUUGAAUUGAACAGUUUGAAGACACGAUUAAGCAUUUCUAAACCGAAAUCAGCGGGUGUAUUGCAGGGCGCUGGCGCUUCAGAGAAGCGUGAGCGUGUCAAGCAGCGCAAGCACUCACUGGAUGAUGUGGCUGCACCUUUAAAUGAUCGUUUGGAUUUGGAGACAUACGCGAAGAAUAUUGGCUUGCAACCCAUAGAGGUAUUGACGCCGCCCGAGUCAGCAGAAUCGUGUGACAAGCUUAAAUACAGUCCGAAUGCUUCCCCCCUUUCUUCAGCUUCAUCAACUACCAGCUCAUCGAAUAAUGCAUUUCCCUUGACCGCAUCCACAGAGUUAGCUACCACUUCUUUCCACAAGAAAAGGAAAAAGAAGCAUUCAAAAGAUUCAAAGGACUCAAAAGACAGCAAGCGGCGUAGAAUGCAUGCAGAGAUAUCCAGUAAACCGGAAGAGGAAAGCCCUGGCCUUAAGAUGAAGGUUAAACUCACGACGCCACAUAAUCAUAGAUCGCACAAAUCGGAUAGCUCUGGCACGAAGAAGAAUAGUGAUGAAUUACGUAAGUCGCAAGCGGAAGUUAAGGAUGCCAAUGUAUUAUUGGCUACUGGGUCCUCAAAUGCAAAUGACAGUCUUUUGGCGUUAAACAAGAUACUCGGCGAGGAAUCACGCAGUAUUAAUCAUCUUAUGAUGGAGAAAGAGAAGAGCAAAGAGAUCGUCAAAGUUGUAAAAGCCGAUGAAACAUUACUGUCCUUACCGCAAUCUAAUUUGAUACCAAAACCCGUAAACAACAUCAAAGACGUAAAGUUACCAGCAUCUCCGCCGCUACCUCCUAGCCUCUUCAAGACAACUCCACUCAACUUUAAUACACUAACUGUCACCAGUACGACUGCUGGAAAGUCCACGAUCAGCGCCAGCAAACAUUCCGAAGUAGUGAAACAAAAGCAGUCAUUGCUACCAGGAACAAAACCAUCCUCGGUUCCGCAGUAUAGCAGGCAAAGUUCCCUAAAUGCAAUUGGACCGAAGACGCAUCCCCAUUUUAUAGUUCCUAGCUUACCACGCCGCUCUUCACCCGCAUCAAAUAGUUCAUACACACCUUCAUCCAUAGCCAGCGCCAGCAGCAAACAGUUUGGUAUGCACCUGAAGCGCUCUGCUUCUUUAGAUGAGUUCUACACACUUGGUGGACGUGGAAAACAGCCAAAGCUGGAUGCGUCCCAGCGCAAGUCUCUCUAUAGCAGCUAUGCGAAUAAACCAUUUACUCCCCCCUCUACUGUUAGUAUUACCAAGAUCGCCGACACUGUAUCCCACGUGCAAAGUUCCAGCGGCAGCGAUAGCGCGGUCACAAUUACAGCACGAGUACCUGGUGGCGCUACACAGGCCCAAUCCCGUUGUCAACUGCCACCGUAUACCCAGUUGCAUUUGCCUUUUAACAAACCCGCCGUAGAAAUUGUGCGCAUUAGCUCGAGCCAAGGGACCACCGAUGUGCAAAUGAAUUCACAGAAAAGCGGGCGUGUGAUGGGACCGCCACUGUCGAUGGUCAAAGGCAAGAAAGCCAUUGGACAGCAAAUGGGCCAUUUGGCUUCCUCCGGCGUAGUAAAAUCUUCGUCAACAGCUUUGAAUGCCACGUCCUUAGGACAUGGUAGAAAUAAUCCUUAUCGCGUGUCACCACCAGCGCUUGUAAACCUUCAUGGAACAACUUUUUCGGCAGCUAAGAGAGUCGGCUCUAAGGCCGCCGAGAUGGUUUGUAAUAAACAGGAGAGUAAUGGGAUUACAAAUGGUGCUACAGAAAAGCAAUUACAUCAGCAACGAAUAAGUUUGCGUGACUUUAGACCAACCUCACGGGAUCAUAAUAUAGAUAUGGUUGACGUUAUCGGGGGCGUAAGUGGCAAAGACGAAUUUCGGUUGACCGAUACUACAGGUAGUGCUCCAGCAACAGUCCCAUCGGCUAGAGAAAGUCUGGAGGCUGCUUUGAAUAAGAUCAAACAGAACAUCACCUCCACAACGGUACAAGACAGUGCCUCUGCUUCUGCCUCCAAGCAGCAUCAGCUGACCACGUCCACAGAUAUGAGCAGCGAGGAUCUGCAGAAUCUACACUUACUUUCCGAGUCGGCAACAGCGCGAGAAAAAAUAACAAUACGUGCAUCACAGUCGUACGAGAAACCGAAGGCACAACAAUCCUCAUUGGUGCGGCAGCAAAAUGCUUCCGUGCGCAACAUACCCAACCCAUCAGCCCUUGCAUUUCGAAAUAUGUCGACGCUACCUGCUGUGAGCUCGACUGCAGUGGCUGUGAGCCUAACUGAUACCAACCCCACCAACACUACCACUUGCUCUUCAUCCACAUCCACCACCAGUUCCACCUCUCCACCUACACAAAAGAAAUUGCCGCUCGUAACGCUGCCUUUAACCAACGUUUCGGCUCCUCUCAGCCCGAGUCUUCUGAUUCAUUCGAUUACAACCACUAGCGGUACUGCCACCGCCACUGCCACCAGCAUAACUACGACAGCGACACGCACCAUUAAGAAACCGACAACCAUCGAUCAAGUGGCUGCCAAUUUGAAUAUGCGCGCCUCCGCGGCCGCCGCUGAAGCCUAUGCGGCCAAACUAAGUGCCGCGGAGGAUGCGGCGCAAAUAACUUCGUCCACAUGCACUUCCACUACGAUUCAGAGCAACAUGAACGACAAAAAAAACACGACUUCGGCUACAAAUAUGGCGUCCUCAACCACAGCCAACAUGCCGUCGCCAGCAGAAGGCGCAACUGAGCAGGUGAAGAAAAUGGUGAAGGUGAGCGGAGAGGAUGAGAGUGUAAAAGCGAAAGUGUUGCCAAAAUCCAUUGCUGAUAGUGAUGUGACAACUGCAAUCAUUACUGAUGUCGCUAGCAUAAAAAAUGCUCGAAACAAUAACAACAAUAAUAACAACAGUAAUAACAAGAACAACAAUACCAGUAACAGCAACGUUAAAUACGGGGUGACGGCAGCUAGUGCGGCGAGUGAUUAAGAUAUAGCCAACCGAUGCGAAAUUUUCUUCGAAAUAGUGGACUCAGAAGUCAAAUAUUUUUGGAGAUGGACGGACAGCGAUGAGGAUUCGAAUCCGGAUUAAAUCGCUAAAAUGGUAAUUCAUUUAAAUAGAAAAUAAUUACUUGAAAA